ACCCACAAAGUGAGUUUACUUGCUGCUGGUGUACUUGGUCACAGCCUUUGUUCCUUCACUGACAGCGUGUUUGGCCAGUUCACCGGGCAGAAGGAGCCUGAUGGCGGUCUGAAUCUCGCGAGAACUGAUGGUUGAUUUCUUGUUGUAGUGGGCAAGGCGGGAAGCUUCGGUGGCGAUGCGCUCGAAGAUGUCGUUCACAAACGAGUUCAUGAUGCCCAUGGCUUUGCUGGAGAUACCAGUGUCAGGGUGAACUUGCUUCAACACCUUGUAGAUGUAGAUGGCAUAGCUUUCCUUUCUCUUUCCCCUCCUCUUUUUCUUUCCAUCAGAUGGAGCCUUUGCCUUUCCAGCUCUCUUCUCGCCUUUCUUUCCUGCAACUUUGGGUGCCAUGUCUGUCGAUCAGAAUGGAAGUGAAUGCCCUAGGUUAACACAGAUUGUAUUUAUAACAAAAUCACUAGGGGAUCAAUUAACACGUGGAUCGAAAUCCUAAGUUUUAAUUGGUUACUCUAUUUCAAGGUCAAUAUGCUUUCCGCAUACAUCAUCACAUUUCAUUUAACACUUAAAAUUUUUAACGCCUGAUUGGUGCGUUUCGAUCCUAUUCAAAAUUUGCCGCGCGUAUAAAGUCUAAGGUUUUUGGCUUAGGUUUAUUCACUAGUGUAUAUUCGAGCUCAACCCUUCAUUUGAAAACAUGUCUGGUCGCGGUAAAGGAAAGGCAAAGGGCACCAAGUCCAAAAGCCGAUCAUCCCGAGCAGGACUUCAGUUCCCUGUUGGACGUAUCCACCGUCUUCUUCGCAAAGGCAACUACGCUGAGCGUGUUGGCGCUGGUGCUCCAGUCUACUUGGCUGCGGUGCUUGAGUAUUUGAGCGCUGAGAUCCUUGAGUUGGCGGGCAACGCUGCUCGUGACAACAAGAAGACUAGAAUCAUUCCCCGUCACCUUCAGCUUGCUGUCCGCAACGACGAAGAGUUGAACAAACUGCUCGCCGGCGUCACCAUCGCGCAAGGUGGUGUUCUUCCCAACAUCCAGGCUGUUCUUCUGCCCAAGAAGACUGAAAAGAAGGCAAAAGCUUAAACAGUUCUUACCUGAAUUAAAAAACAAACGGCUCUUUUAGGAGCCACCACAUAUUAUAAAAGUCAUGACCAUAAAGAGAACUAUAUAUGAACUCAGUAACGUAGAUACUCUUUUCUUCGAAUAAGUCGAUGAAGCCAGCAAGAAACCCCUAGAUAUGCACCAAUCUUUCAUUCUUUACACUAAAUUCUUACGUUGAAACUGGCCAUCACCGCUUUGUAGUGUCGCGUAUGCAUAAAUUUUAUAAAAGGCGGGUCGAGGCCACAUAUUUAAAACGAGUAGAAAUUGGGCGAACUAUAAGACCAGUGAAAGAUGGCUAGACUAAAAUAAGUUCGAACACUGGUUGUUGAUAAUGUUGGUUUCUGAUGUGUGGUAAGGUUAACGUUGCAGAACACUUAUUUUAACUAAUACUGAGUUUCGGUGAAGUCAACCGUUACGAUCGUAACGAAUGCAAAUCAGUUCAGUUACCGACGCGCACAAUUUAAAUUAUAACGGCGUGCAGUUUGAUUGCUUUUACGCAAGAAAUAAUGAUCCUUAGAAACUCGACAGCCAAAUUACUGCACAAGAAUAAAAGCGAUUAUUUCUGAAAGUUACUUAUAUUCUAAAACUUAACGUACAUUCUUUUGCUGCUGUAAUAUUUCUUGAGUGCCCAAACUAACGAGAGGUAGAGGUUGAUCUUAUGACAAAGAAAACACUUUAUUGGUUAUGACUUUUAGAGAUUUGGUGGCUCCUAAAAGAGCCGUUUGUUUGAGUGGGUAACGCAAAAAUCUAGCCGCCAAAUCCGUACAGAGUACGUCCUUGGCGUUUCAGAGCGUACACCACAUCCAUGGCCGUCACAGUCUUGCGUUUGGCGUGCUCGGUGUAGGUCACAGCAUCACGGAUCACAUUCUCAAGGAAAACUUUGAGAACACCACGAGUCUCUUCGUAGAUCAGGCCAGAGAUUCGCUUGACACCGCCACGGCGAGCAAGACGACGGAUAGCUGGCUUGGUGAUGCCUUGGAUGUUGUCACGAAGAAUCUUUCGGUGACGCUUGGCGCCUCCUUUUCCUAGACCUUUGCCUCCUUUGCCGCGACCAGACAUGUUGAAACUCUUUCUCGGGCAAGAAAUAAUAACUCACAACACGACUUUCCGUCUUUUUAUACCGGAAAGAGUGACCUCACGGAAAACAAGCUAUUGAAGAAAUAAUUUCUUGUUCUUGAUUGGUUAGAACGGACAAAAGAGUCAAAGGGUCAAGCUAAUUGUUACCAUACUAUUGCCUUACUAGACAAGUGCGAACAAAAAAAAUGGCCAUUAUCACUAAAACUCUUGCGAUGUAACUCUCAGACUGAUUUUAUGAUGGCACUUUCUAACAAUUAACAACGACAACUUAGGAAUAAUUGUUUUCCAUAAAUCAAAAGAACCUUAUGUGACUUAUAGGAUCGCUAUGCAAACCUAGAUUAUAGCAAUAUUUUACGAGCAGUCUUGGUUAUCCAAUGAAAUCGCAUAGUUUAUAACCAAUCAGCAAAAAGCGCGCUAAGUAUAAAGUAUCGUGGAAGGAAUAUCACAUACAUUAUUCGUUGACAUUUGAGUUUAUAGCAGAAAUGGCACGUACAAAGCAAACUGCCCGUAAAUCGACUGGUGGAAAAGCUCCACGAAAACAGCUCGCCACAAAGGCAGCUCGUAAGAGCGCGCCUGCCACUGGAGGAGUCAAGAAACCUCAUCGUUACAGGCCUGGUACAGUGGCUCUUCGUGAAAUCCGUCGUUACCAGAAAUCCACCGAGCUGCUAAUCCGCAAGCUGCCCUUCCAGCGUCUUGUGCGAGAAAUCGCUCAAGAUUUUAAGACCGAUCUGCGUUUCCAGAGCUCUGCUGUGAUGGCUCUUCAAGAAGCAAGCGAGGCUUACCUUGUUGGCCUGUUUGAAGACACCAACUUGUGCGCCAUCCACGCCAAGCGCGUCACCAUCAUGCCCAAGGACAUUCAGUUGGCCCGCCGAAUCCGCGGAGAGCGUGCAUAAGUGCAUUGCUAAUAGUUCAAAACAAACGGCUCUUUUAGGAGCCACCACAUCAAUAAAAGCAAUAACCAACAGCAGUUUAAAUUUUGAACACCCAAUUUUCAAUUCCUCUAUGAGCUCAAAAGCUAUUGCGGAGUGUCUUACUAGCCAGAUUUGUUUUCAACCGUUGUGUUUUUCAAACUCAAGAAGGAAAAAGCACCCCGAAUUUUACGUUAAACUGAAAAGAUUUUAUUUAUGCCCAUUUAAUUUGUUAAUCAAAUCAGUAAGAACAACUGAAAGUUGUUUGAUUAUUAUCAUGGGCAAACGCCAACCUGAGCAAAAGCGUAAUGCAGUUUAGGCACCACUGCACUUUGUUGACUUGCGAGCACUGAAUUGAACAGUUUGACCCCGAUUUUAGCCUGUUCCAGGCGUUCAGAUAGUGGGGAGCGGUGUGAAGAAAAAAGGAGCGCGAAGUCCCCCUCUACUUUUCAUCGCUAUCUUUACUUCGCACCGCUCUCCACUAUCUGAACGCUUGCAGUCCCCCUCCACUUUUCAUCGCUAUCUUUACUUCGCACCGCUCUCCACUAUCUGAACGCUUGCAGUCCCCCUCCACUUUUCAUCGCUAUCUUUACUUCGCACCGCUCUCCACUAUCUGAACGCUUGGAACAGGCUACCCCGAUUUGAAUUUGCCGACCGUUUCGAUACAAGUUUAUUCAGCCGAGUUGUAAAUAGUUUAACGUACUUGGCUUAAAGAAAGACGAAUAUUCACCCCAAUCAAGUUCUCGUUGUUCACGCGCAAGCUGUACUUAUAAAGUGAUCGAAAUUUUUGCGUUAAUUCAGUGCUUGAGGUUGAAUCGAACCGUGCCACAGACAACCCACGCGAACAACUUGGUAAACGCUAAAAGCCAUGCAAGAGAGAAACAUCUGCUCUCGCGGGGUAGUCAUCCUAGGGGAACUUGAGUCUUUUCGAAAUUACAAGGGCUUUAGUAUUAUUUUCCUGAAAAUUUUAGAUGCAAUUUAACGUUUUAAGAAAGUGAGAAUUUUCCUGAUUCCUCUCUGCGUCACAUUUUUGAAUACCAAAAUUUUAAGGUUUCGUUUUUCGGUCUACUUUGUUUUGCGAAACAAAAUGGAGCGAAGCGAAAUGGAACGAAACGAAAUGACGGUGAAAAAUUAAACUUAGGAAAAUCGUAGCGAAUUUAGAAGAUAGGUUUCGAGAAUUGCACAUUCGUUGGGUGCCCCUCUAUUCAGUUGAAAUGCGCUCUCGAAUUCAGUAAUGUUCAUCGACUGUCUAUUAAAUCAGACAGCUAAUAUCUAGCGAAAAAUAAAAAGUCUCACGACCCAAACGAAAUUCACUGGUUUUCGAUGAGAGAGAAGGCCCAGGUAGGAGUACUGUAUUUUACAGAACCGCCGCCGAGCGACCGUGAUAAUUAGGAUUAGUGAAUAAUUAGGAUUAGUGAAUCAAGUUUGGUCAAGAUUCAGGUUAUUUUUCCCAGGAUAAUGACCCUAAAUGGAACCACAAUUCACUCAUUUUCCUAACCCUAAUCACUAAACUUCUGAGUCACUCGGCUUUCGGCGGCCAUUCAACGUUCUGCACAAAUAAAAUGACCAUGCCAGCCUUAAGGGUUCUCACUGCAUGGCGGCACACGACUUUGUCCUUGUUGUGUUAACAAAAGAGAAUUUUAACCAAGUUAAAUGGGAGAAUCUGCAAAAAAUACAGGCAGAAACUUGAAGUGUAAAAGUUUUACUAUCUUCCAAAUGUUUCUACACGAAAAGGAAGUCGCAGCUGCAAAAAUUACACGACUUUAAAGAUAAAAUUGUUUCAAGAUUCACCGGAGCGAAAGGAUAAAAGGUUAGAUAUCGUUUGCUACACGUACCUUAACUCGCACAUAUUUGUGGUAAUCGCUUAUGUUCAAGGCUAAGCUUUCAAUCUUUUCAUUCUAGAAGUAAUUUAUUUCUAUGUUACAACACUUUAUUUGACAAAAUCCACAGAAAACUAGCACAGAAGAAUAGUGCGCCAUGUUCGAUCAUUGUCUCCUCAGUGGUCCGCAUACAACUCAUUUACAUCACUUCGCAGUAUUCGGGAGUUCAAUCAGUGCUUUCGUAUCCGAAGGUAUCGGUUAAACUCCAUCAUGUCUGAAGUAGCACAAGCAAAGUCACCGGCUAAGAAGAAGCCAUCUAAGCCUAAAAAGCCAGCUGAUCAUCCACCAUACAGUGAGAUGAUCAAGGCUGCUAUUGUAGCUCUGAAAGAGCGAGGUGGAUCUUCGCGCCAAGCCAUCGAGAAGUACAUCAAAGCCAACUACAAGGUUGGUGAGGUCGGCCCACACUUGAAGACGGCUCUCAAGAGAGGAGUUGCUGGUGGAAAGUUAGUACACACCAAAGGAGUUGGCGCUUCAGGCUCCUUCAAGGUGCCCAAGGAGGAAAAGAAGGCCCCGAAGAAACCGGCGAAGAAGCCAAAGAAGCCCGCCGCCAAGAAGGUAGCAAAGAAACCAGCGGCUAAAAAGCCAGCGGCGAAGAAACCAGCAGCUAAAAAGAAGCCAGCCAAGAAAACAGCAGUUAAAAAGCCCAGUAAGAAAUCGACACCGAAAAAGACUGCAGCAAAGAAACCAGCCCCCAAGAAAGCUACAGGAAAGAAGACAAAGAAGCCUGCAGCCAAAAAGCCCGCCAAGAAAACUGCUGCCAAAAAACCCGCUAAGAAGUAA